AUGCAUAAAGUCGGGAUAAAACAGGAACAAGGAUGUGAUUUUAUUGAAAACAAUGAUAUAGUGGUUUUACAGAAACGUGUGAAAGUCCAUGGUGUCGCUACGUCCAAUGUUUUCCGCAGCCAUUUGUGCACAGUUGAUCAACGUUCAUCAAUCAAUCAACGCCAGAUAAACAGCAAGCGAAUCGACACGUAUCUUCUACAUAAUCACUGA